AUGCCGGAUCGCAGAACCCGUUGCCGGCUGGUUUGUGCCAAGAGUUGGACAGGCUGUUGUUGCUGUCAACCAGUCUCAACCCCAGUGCACGAAGACUGGAUCGAGCCUGAACCAGUUACUUCAUGGGCCAGUCCAGCACCAGCUUUUGGCACAUCUGCUACUCAAGACAAUCGUAAUGCUCAGUACAAGAAGAGUUGGGUACCACCACGCGCCUAUGGUCGCUGCGCCUACACGUACAGCAAUAUUAAAUAA